CUUUUGUAUUCACAUUGAAAGAAAUGGAAACAGCUUCACCAACUUCAUCUCCAUACCUUCUCAGCAAUCAAAAGCUUCUUCAUCUGGUAAGGCAUGCACAAGGGCUUCACAAUUUAGGGGCAGAGACGAACCGUGACUCGUUAACUCAGUUCAUCGAUGCUGCACUCUCGCCUCUGGGUUGGCAACAGGUUCGUGCGCAAAGGGAAAAUGUUUCUGCAAGUGGAAUGCUUCAAGGAAUUGAAGUAGUCAUCACUUCACCUUUGUUAAGAACAUUGCAGACUUCGGUUGGAGUUUUUGGUAGUGAAGAACAACAAGAAGAUCAUUGUGGGAACAAGACAUCAACUUUGAAUCACCCACCAAUCAUAGCAGCUGAAUUAUGCCGUGAACGAAUGAGAAAAGGUCGGAGCAGAGCAACAGUCGGGCAGUGCCGGUCUCGUUUCCCCCAAGUUGAUUUUUCAUUGAUUGAGAGUGAAGAAGACACGUUGUGGGAGGCUGAUGAACGUGAAACCAAUGAAGCUGUUGCUGCUAGGGGAAUCAAGUUCAUUAAAUGGGUGUUGGGAAGAAAGGAAAGGGAGAUAGCAGUGGUGAGCCAUGGGGUAUUCUUGCAGGAAACACUGAUUGCACUUAAAAAUAAGUGUCUCCCCUUGAUGGACACUGAUCCUUUCACCCGGUUCGGAAAUUGCGAAAUCCGUUCCGUGAUCAUCUUUAACAGAAGCGUGGAGGGAUUGGGAUCAGAUUCCAGGAAGACCAAUUACUACUGUGGAAGAAUCCCUAAUGGACUACAACUCCAAGAUUCUGCCAAGGACAAUGUUUCUGUGGAUCAAGUGAUUAACUAA